ACCUGAGAGAACCAUCCCCUUAUAACCCACAGACACUCCACUGUGGAUCAGCUACUAUCCAGCCAGCAAGUUACAGAGAAGCAGAGCUCUGUUUACCUUGACACGUGUUUUCCAUUUCUAUACACUUUACUCCAGGAGUUUAGAGGAGCAGGGAAAGAGAUUCAACUGCCCCCAAACUUAUCAUGACCAGGCUUGGCCAGGAGUGAGCUUUCUAAGAGUGGACUUGUUCUAAGCUGGAAAGUCAAUGGAGAGUGAACUGGAAGAUAACCAGUUUAGAAUGUCAAUUCUGGAACGGUUGGAGCAGAUGGAGAGGAGAAUGGCUGAGAUGACCAGUUCCCAGCAGCACAAGCAAAGUGUGGGUGGAGGCAAUGGAGGUGGAGCUAACAGUGGUGGGAGCCAAGCACAGUGUGCCACUGGGCCUGGCUCCAUAGGAAGCUGUUUUGAGAGUCGGGUGGUGGUUGUGUGUGAGAAGAUGAUGGGCCGGGCCUGUUGGGCAAAAUCCAAGCACCUGAUUCAUUCCAAAACAUUCAGAGGAAUGACCCUGCUUCACCUCGCUGCUGCACAAGGAUAUGCCACCCUCAUCCAGACACUUAUCAAGUGGAGGACAAAGCAUGCUGACAGCAUUGAUUUGGAACUGGAGGUCGAUCCUUUAAAUGUUGAUCAUUUCUCAUGUACUCCUCUGAUGUGGGCCUGUGCACUGGGUCACACCGAAGCUGCAGUAGUGCUGUAUAAGUGGGACCGACGGGCAAUCUCCAUCCCCGACUCUCUUGGCAGACUCCCUCUGUCCAUCGCCCGUUCCCGGGGCCAUGUGAAGCUUGCCGAAUGUCUAGAACAGUUACAAAGAGAAGAACAUUCUCAACUGGGGCAAAGUGCACGAUUACAAUGCUCCCCUGGUGCUGAGGCCAGCGCCGACAGCUGGUUAAACCAGUGGCAGAGUGAGGCCAUCAACCCACAGGAGACUCAGAAGGGCGUUACAAUUAUUUCAAAUGCCAAUGCAGAAUUGAGAAGACCAAGAUCAGAGCCCUCUAAUUACUACAGUACUGAAAAUCCUAAAGAUUACCCAGCUGCUAAAAAACACAAGUUGAACCCUGAAUAUUUCCAGGUUAGGCAGGAGAAGGUGAUUGCUACAGCUCUAAGCCUGGAGCAGUCAUCCAUCAGGAAGCAAAGCUGCAGCUCCAAGCAGCCAAUGAUCGAAUCAACCCACGGGGAAGAAAUGCGCCACUUUGCCAGAGAGCUUCCUCAACGUACUCCGGAUACCUCCGGAUACAGAGCAGGACUGAAGUGGAACCAGAAGGAGCUCUACAUGGGCCAGGUCACAGGAACAUCGAAGGCUUCAGGACUGGGGAAGGAUAUUGUGGGGCAUAGGCUGCGACAGAGGGAACAGAUGAGUGUCUUAAUGAUGUCUGAGAGGGAAAUGGUGGAUGCCGAUCUACUGUCUUACAGAGAAAACAUGGAGAAUGAUGAAUGCUUACAACACAUGGAUGAGCUUCAGGUGAACAUGAUGAAUCUGGCAGAACAGAUCAUAGAGGCCACACCUGACCGGAUCAAGCGGGAGAACUUUGUGCCCAUGGAAUCUCCACUGACAGAGAGGGCAGACACCGCAGCGCUUAGCACCACCAUGAGCUGGCUGGCCAGUUAUCUUGCUGAUGUUGAUCACUUACCUAGUGCUGCACAAAUACGGUCGCUGUACAGUGAACCACUGACUCCUUCCUCCAACACCAGCUUAAGUCCUGCGUGUUCCCCCAUGAGUGAAACAAACUUUGAAAAACCCAGUCUGCCCUCUGCUGCUGAUUGGUCAGAAUUUCUCAGUGCGUCCACCAAUGAGAAGGUGGAAAAUGAAUUUGCCCAGCUGACCCUGUCCGACCAUGAACAGCGAGAACUCUACGAGGCGGCCAAACUCGUCCAGACCGUGUUCAGGAAGUACAAGGGUCGUCCAUUAAGGGAACAGCAGGAUGUGGCUGCGGCCGUCAUACAACGCUGCUAUAGAAAGUACAAACAGUAUGCACUUUAUAAAAAGAUGACCCAAGCUGCAAUCCUCAUCCAGAGCAAAUUCAGAAGCUAUUACGAGCAGAAGAAGUUCCAGCAGAGCCGGCGCGCCGCGGUGCUCAUCCAGCAGUACUACAGAAGCUACAAAGAGUGCGGGAGAAUGCCCCAAAAGCGUCGGACGGCUUCACUCGUGCAACACAAACUCAGAAGCAGUCUCCUGACAAAAAAACAAGACCAAGCUGCUCGGAAGAUCAUGAGGUUUUUACGUCGCUGCCGUCACAGGCAACAAUGCAACAGCGCCUCUACAUUUCAGUUUGGAAUUAAAUGUUCCCAGCUUUGUAAUUCAAUGAAGAUGCUUUCUGGCAUGUUGAAAUAUUUGUGCACCAGGCACACAAAUAAGAAUUUCGAUGGUCCAAGGACAGCAAUAUCACCUAUAUGUCUAAGGUCAAUCUUCUACAUCUCACCAUGGAGAAGCCACUACAGAGCAGAGCCACCAGUAAUAUUGUGCUGUCAGAGCUCCCUACGGGCUGCCUGAGUACCACAACCUGCCAGCUUAGGUCACCUGUUGGACCUGGUUGCAGACAUGACAGCUUUAAAUAAGCUGAAGCACAGCGACUUUUUAAUUUACAGAUCAAAGUCUAGUAUGGUUCAACAAAAAUCACACCAUACGCUCUGAUCUUGUUCUGACGAUGUUAAUAGAUUUUUUAAAUCCAGUUUAAUCUGCUGUUUAAAUGAUGCUGCUUCUUAACUAAGAGAAGAUGAAGAUAAAUAUCUGUGUAUGUUUGGUAAAAUUUCAAUUUCUGUAACCCUAACGGACAAGAAUUUUUUUUUUCAAGCUUAAAUUUUACUCUUUCUUCUUCUGAUUAACCAUCUAUAUAGUUUCAAAAAUACUCAAUAAUACUAACAAGUCCUAACUUUGAUCCAUGUUGUGAGCUUAACCAUCCAGAAAGCAGUGACAUCACUGGAGCCUUUGAUAAUUAUGAGGUCCAGGAGUGUGAUGUGACUGCUUCCUAAUAAACUGAUAGGCUGGAUCCAUUGACGUAUGUAUUGGUCUAAAUAUGGCCUUCUGCUGGUAGAAGAUCAGUGCACUUAAAGAUAUUGUAUUAUGUACCACCAUUACCACUCAUUAUUGAUAAUUACAGUGUUUGUUCUAUGCUUACGUCAACAAGUAAACUUCUAAACCUGGAGAAUAACCAUCUUGUGUAUCUUUCACUACUGCAUGAUGUAACAUGUGAUAUUCUGGA